AUGAUCCUUGCUCAGUUAGCAUUAACAAAUAUCAUGCUCCUCCUCUGCAGGGGAAUACCUUUAGUGAUUCUGCAUUGGAAAAACAAAUACUUCCUGGAUGAGGUAGGAUGUAAAAUUGUCUUUUACAUUCAAAGAAUCGGACGUAGCAUGUCGGUCUGUAGCACCUGCCUGCUCAGUGGCUGCCAAGCCAUCAUCAUCAACUCUCACUCUGCCACGUGGGCAAAUUUCAAGCGCAAUACCCCCAAGUACAGCACAAUCUACUCUGUUUCUUGUUGGUUACUCAAUAUAGUCACACAUGUUACUGUUAUUACAAAUAUAACAGGACCUAUGAACCAAAUAAACAUCACAAAUGGAAUUGAUCUAAGGUAUUGCUAUUGGAGAGAAGAUUUGGGUUAUUCAAUAAUUUUAUCUACUGUUGAAGAUGUCUUUUUUGUAAAUCUCAUGAUCUUCUGCUGUGCAUACAUGUUACAUUUUCUACACAGGCACCACCGGCAUAUCCAGUACAUUCAUAAGACCAACAUCUCUCCCAGGAUAACUCCUGAGAUGAAAAUUACUAGAAGAAUUGUGCUGUUAAUGAUCACGUUUUUCUCAUUUUAUUCUAUCAAUGGCAUCCUUACAUUGUAUUCAAAGUAUUUUCUUCAUGCUAAUAUCUGGCUCUUGGAGAUAACUGCCUUCAUGGCAUUUUGUUUCCCAACCAUUGGCCCCUUUUUGCUGAUAACAAGUAGUAAUCCUAUCUUCAGAUAG